AUGGCUACAGGUGCCAGCGGGAUCCCCAGUGUCAUGCGCGCUGGUAGACGCGUUGGCGGUGCUGGGACGGGGGGAGUGGAGGAUUAUGAGUGCGCGCUGGUAGACGCGUUGGCGGUGCUAGGACGGGGGGAGUAUGGAUGGCGCGACGCGGAGAGCUACCCACCAAUAUUGUCACGGAUCAUCAAGGUGGCACGGUUAUGCCACACGGUGCUCAACGACCAGGUCAACUUCCGGCCCCAGAUGCAACAGCUAGGCAGGCUGAUGGCGGUCAAGACACAGAUGGUGCUGCUGACGGCCACAUUGCCACCAGAUGAGGAGGAGAAGCUGUGGUCCCACAUGCACUGCACCCGAGCGGACAUAUCAUUGUUCCGGGCGCGGACAUGCGGUCCAAAUAUGGCAUACCGAGUGUGGCAACCCAUCAUUGAAGGGUCAGAGUACGAUGGGCUCAACCGAUGGUUUCAAGCACCCAGCGUGGUCAGGUUCAUCCAGGACCGCAUGAGAUGGACGGGAGAAGGGAAGGGGGUGGUGUACUGCCAGACAGUGAAUCAGGUCACGAUGAUGGCAAGCACAUUGAGAUGCGGGGCAUAUCACCACCACCAGAUCAACAAGGCCGGCAUACUGGAGUGUUUCCAGCAAGGUCAACACCAGGUCAUCGUGGCGACAAGUGCACUGGGCAUGGGAAUCGACAUCCCCAACAUCUGCAGCAUCAUCCACGUCGGACGGCCGCGAUCAUUGCUGGAUUAUGGACAGGAGAGCGGGCGUGCAGGGUGUGAUGGACAGACCAGUGAAGCCAUCAUCAUUGAGCCCGAGGGUAUCAGUGCAGCAAUGAUAUGGUCAAGAAAGGAUGCACCAUCACUGCUGGACCAGAAGCUGGUUGAGCGGUACAUGCAGGCAGGGGGUGAGGAGGGUGAUGAACCGAUGGCUCGAUGUCGACGGGUGGUGCUGGACCGGUACCUGGACGGGGAAGUGGAGGGUUACAUGAGACGGCACUGCGGUGAUCGACACACAGGGGAGUCCCAGUGUGACGGGUGCGAUGCCGAGUGGGAGGCCAGGGAGGCCGUGUUCACCCCCAGCCCAGGUGGCACGCCCACGCCCACACCCAGUCCAGGCUACAGUUCAAGAGCAACAGCCAAGGAUGACUCCAGCGAGGAUGAAACCAGCCAGGAGUCAGAGAUGGAGAGCCAGCAGGGUGAAACCCACAUCAGAUUCAACGGCACAUGCAGUCCCAGAAUGGCCAGAAGUGUGAGCAAGAGCACAGACGACAACAUAAAUGAAAGCAUCACCAAGAAUGAAGCUUCAACUUCAGGCGGGAGCAGCCCGGGUCAAUGGAACAAGCAAGAGUCAAGUGAAAUCAGUGAAGACACCAGGGGCAUCCCAUCAACAACCAGACAGACAUUCCACAAGCAGGAUGUCCGUCGAGGCCGGUUCAUCAUCACACACCAGCAGCGAGGGCAGAGGGCAUUGAUGGAUGAGGAGGUUUUAGUGGAAGAGGCGCAGAGGUGGAAGGAUCAGUGUUUGAUAUGUGCAAAUUGCAAGCGGGAGGGAGUUUGA